CGUGCGUGGCAGCGCUUCCGGUCCCGGUCCCUGCGCGAUCCGUCGCCUGAAGUUCCCGGACGCCGCUGGGGGAAUCGUCCGUCGACUUCAGGCCAGGCCGGGGCCGCCGCGGUCUCUCAGAAGCCCGAGACCGGCGCGGGUUACCCUUGAGGCGGGUCGAAAGCUGGCCGAAGACUCCGCCCGCUGCUGGAGCUGGAAAGAAAGCAGGAACAGCUUGGGCUAGAUCCAGGGCCGUUAAAUCCGGCGAACUCACACUUAAAAAAAAAAUGAAGAAAUUAAGGCUUAAGGAACUAGAAAGUCGCCUGCAACAGGUGGAUGGAUUCGAAAAGCCCAAGCUACUUCUAGAACAGUAUCCAACCAGGCCGCACAUUGCAGCAUGUAUGCUCUAUACAAUCCAUAAUACAUAUGAUGACAUUGAAAAUAAAGUGGUUGCAGAUCUAGGAUGUGGUUGUGGAGUUCUUAGCAUCGGAACUGCAAUGUUAGGAGCGGGGUUGUGUGUUGGAUUUGACAUAGAUGAAGAUGCGUUGGAAGUAUUUAAUAGGAAUGUGGAAGAGUUUGAGUUAACAAAUGUUGACAUGGUUCAAUGUGAUGUGUGCUCAUUAUCUAACAGAAUGUCCAAGUCAUUUGAUACAGUAAUUAUGAAUCCUCCCUUUGGGACCAAAAAUAAUAAAGGGACAGAUAUGGCAUUUCUGAAGACUGCUUUGGAAAUGGCAAGAACAGCAGUAUACUCUUUACACAAGUCCUCCACUAGAGAUCAUAUUCAAAAGAAAGCUACAGAAUGGAAAAUCAAGAUAGAUAUUAUUGCAGAGCUGCGAUAUGACCUGCCAGCAUCAUACAAAUUUCAUAAAAAGAAAUCAGUUGAUAUUGAAGUGGAUCUAAUUCGGUUUUCUUUUUAAAAGCCUCUAAAGACAAAAGCAGCUUAAAACCUAAUUAAGAUGAAUAAAAAUUUUUUUUACUAAA